UGUGAGUGUGUGUGUGUGUGUGUGUUGAUAGUCUGUCAGUGUGACUCUGUUCAUCAUGAAGAUCGUUCUGCUCCUCGUCCUUCUCUCAGUCAGCGAAUGCAGCAUCAUCUCAGUUGAUGGUCGAGUUGGUCAGAACAUCACUCUGCCCUGUAGCUACAACACAAAGAGCAAUGGUGUGCGCCGGGUGUGCUGGAGUCGAGGAGAUAUUCCCAACUCAGGCUGCAACAAAGAACUCAUCUCCACAGAUGGACUUAAAGAGAUCACAGAAGGAAGGUAUCAGUUACGGGGACCGCUGGACGAGGGAGACGUCUCAUUGACCAUCCUGAACCUCACAGAGUCAGACGCCGGACGCUACGCCUGCAGAGUGGAUAUACGGGGGUGGUUCAAUGAUGAAAAACAUCAUGUAGAUCUGACCAUAGAGGAAGCUUCAGUUGCACAGACGACCACAGAAACAACAAGAAUGGUGUCUACAGAAGCAGUGCACAUGUAUACAGCAGGUCAGCUGACCUCCACGGGGUAUGUGAAAGCUGAGCAGCAGGAGCACAGAACGACGUUGGUUCCAGUGUUAGUUCUGCUCGGGCUGGAAGCUCUGCUCAUUGCAGCCAUGGUCCUCAUGUACUCGAGAUCAUGGAUGCUACUCAACACAGUGCCUCAGCAGGAGGUCAGCAGCACGGUUCUCUUCAGUUUGACUCCGUCCACUGUGCAGUUCCACAGACGAGACUCAGCCGUGGAAAACAUCAACCAGAGAGACGGAGGAGAGUACACAACAGUUGUGUAUCACUUAACACAGUCGUUAGGCUCCGCCCACUGACCAUAUGACAAACCCUAGACAAAAAGAACUCACAAAAUGGUUAUUGGAGGCAUACAGAGUUCCAUCAGUUCCCCUGAUGGCCACCAGGAAUUCAAUGUAAAGAGGCAGAGUGGAGAUCAGGGGUCUCAAACUCAAACUGACUUGGGGCCACCAUUGGUGCCGUCAUCUUAAAGGAGGGCCACUCCAAAGUUCAGCUGUUACAAGUAAUCCCCAUAACUCUGAAAACGUAUUUCUUAUUUCCUGUAUUAUUAUUUUAUGUCAUAAUUAACCGACAAACUCAAACAGAUGUUUGUGAUGUAUAAUGAUUUCUUUUGGACUGCUAGGACAAAAUCUUUUGUCUUUUAUUUGAAAUAAAAUAACUUAAAAGCUGAAAGCUGCUCUGAACUUAAAAUACAGAUACUCUACAUCUGUCCUGUACUCUGUUUAUGCUCUCCUGCUCAUACAUCUGAGCCACAUCUGUCCUGAUGGAGGUGACAGUUCACACCUUGGUACAGCUUCAGGAUGUGAUCACUCAGCCUGGACCUCUGCUUACAUUUAUUAAAGUUCAUUUUCAAAACA